UGCUACCACUUCCCUAUUUAUGGUUAUACAGCCUUCCCAACUCGCUGCCAGUCUGCUCAAUGCCCACGCCACUUCAAUAUCCAUCACCCACUAAAAGUGGCACUGCCAAACGGGUGUCGGUUGACUCUUCACGGUUACCAACUCGUCCUCUUCGCCCCUUCUAACCCUAUCCUUUCAUCCCAACUGCUACAUAUAUCAAAGAUCUAAUUAUGCAAAAUGGAGACCACAGGUGUUAUUUCUGAUCAUUUCUAAUGGAUUUACAUCUUAUAUUGCCAUUCAGAAGAUGUCUGCUUGCCUACUUACGCGACGCGUUUGGACACAUCGAAUCACAGGGACGGUGUCGGUAUGGCGAUUAACUGAAUCACAAUAUUUACGAGUCACAAUCCCCUCCUUCUUUGUUCGCCAUUUUAGCAACUCUUUACACCGUCUAGAAAAGAUGAGGGUCCUCUGCGUUGCCGAGAAGCCGUCUAUAUCAAAAGCAGUCGCUGGCCACUUGUCUGGUGGCCGCUAUGAGACAAGAAGUACAGGAAACCAAUAUAUUAAAAACUAUUCGUUCGACUUCAACUUUGGGCAGCCAUGGGGAGAUUGCUCCGUCACAAUGACCUGCGUCACAGGCCAUCUCACCAAUGUUGAGUUCACCGCCGCACAUAAGAACUGGAGCUAUCCGCCACCAGAAACGCUAUUCAAUGCACCUAUAGUAACAAGUGUCCAUGAUGACAAAAAAGCCAUUGCGAAAAAUUUGGAAGAGCAAGCCAAGUAUGCCCAGUUACUCGUCAUAUGGACGGAUUGUGAUCGUGAAGGCGAACAUAUUGGGCAGGAAAUCGUAGAUGCUGCUCGUCGUGGGAAGCCAAGCAUCAACGUUAAACGUGCCAAGUUUAGCAACGUGGAAAAAGCUCACGUUCUUUCUGCUGCAAAGCGCCUCGUCGAUCUCGAUAUACGGCAGGUUAACGCCGUAGCUGCUCGUAUCGAACUGGAUUUGCGCAUCGGAUAUGCGUUUUCAAGGUUCAUGACAAACAGCCUACGACCGCUAGGCGGCCCAAUGGAAAACCUUACCCUUAGCUACGGAUCUUGCCAGUUCCCAACGCUUGGGUUUGUAGUGGAUCGGUACUUUAGGGUCAAAAACUUUGUACCAGAGCCAUUUUGGAGUAUCAAAGUAUCGCACUCGCGGGACGGCAAACAGGCCAACUUUUCUUGGGCGCGAAAUCGACUCUUUGAAAGAGUUACCACUACAACGUUAUACGAAAAGUGCCUCAAAGCAAAGACGGCAAAAGUCACAAAGGUGCAAGAGAAGCCAACGCGCAAGUUCAAGCCGUUACCACUUACCACUGUUGAGCUUCAGAAAGCAGCUACGCGACUAUUACGGAUGACGGGUCAACAAGCCAUGACAAUCGCUGAAGGCCUCUACAAUAAGGGAUUUCUAAGCUAUCCUCGCACAGAAACGGAUCGUUUCGACAAGGGAAUGAACCUCAAGGCCUUGGUUCAGAAGCAAACGACUGACCAAAAUUGGGGCCAGUUUGCGCAAGGCUUGGUCAAUGGCGGGUUUCAGCAGCCGCGAGAAGGAAAACACGACGAUAAAGCACAUCCACCCAUCCACCCCAUCUCUUAUGCGAGCCCAAGUGUGUUGAACCACGAUGAGAAGCGCUUGUACGAGUAUGUCGUGCGCCGAUUUCUAGCUUGUUGCUCUGAAGAUGCUCAGGGAAUGGCCACAGAUAUUGAGCUCCAAUAUGGGCCAGAGGCGUUCCACACACGUGGUGUAAUUGUUCUCGCAAGAAAUUAUCUAGAUGUCUACGUAUACGAGAAGUGGAACGACAGCGCAGAACUACCCAAAUAUACACUUGGGGAAACAUUCGAGCCUACUGAAGCUCUGAUGACGGAGGGCAAAACCUCCCCACCAAACUAUCUUACAGAAGCCGACCUUAUUGCACUGAUGGACGCCAAUGGUAUUGGAACGGAUGCUACGAUGGCUGAGCAUAUCCAGAAAAUUCAAGAUCGAGAGUAUGUUGCCACGGUUGAUCGAGCUGGUGGUGGCGGCAACGAUGACGCUGAAGAACCAGCGCCGAGAGCGGCAACUCGAGGCCGUGGCCGUGGUCGUGGUCGUGGCGGCGCGUCGCGAGGUCGAGGAGGCGCAUCGGCCGGGAGUCGAAGCGGCGGCGGCGGGCAAAAGGUUUUUGUCCCAACGCAGCUCGGUGUGGCAUUGAUUUUGGGAUUUGAUCGAAUGAAUUUCGAAAACAGUCUAGGAAAACCAUUUCUCAGAAAAGAAAUGGAACUAAAGAUGAAGGCUAUAUGCGAGGGCCGUACUACCAGAGAAGCCGUGCUGCAAGAGAGCAUUAACCAAUACCGACAGGUGUUUUUGCAAUCGCAGGAAAAGCUGGACGUGCUUCGAGCAUCAUGUCGAGAGUUUGUCUUUCAAAAGCCAUAGAUACGAACCGUAUAUCUGAGUGGGCAGAAGCGGCUUAUGCACGGCGACUCCUCACGCAAACAUCAAACCAACAAUUAUAUAUACUAAAGCAAUACAGACUUGCUAAUACAAAAACAAUUGAAUACAAUGAACAAUGAGUACAGUUGCACCGGCAAUGGGUAUAUUGAUACCGAGGAUAGCCACGAACGGUCCCGCGAGGCUUGUACGGCGCUGGUCCCAUGCUGCCGAUAUCGACCAUUGAGACCCUACAUCCAGCGUCAGGUGCGAACAAGUACAGUAGCUGAACCAAUAGAGCCCCAGACUUAAGCCUGUGGGCAUAUUGGCUCAGGUAGCGGGGUUAACCGCAGCCAUUGAGGGGCCAAAGCCACGAUGUCAUCCCGUUCGCGUUACCGCGUCGUUUAAUGAAGUUCACCAGGUAAUGCUUCCCACACUAGCGUCGGUGGUUAAUUACGCGACAAGAGGUUGCACUGACACCCCGUGGGAUGUUUGAAUGGAUGCGUCCAAAACUAGACUUUGAGUCUGGGCAUUGGAUCGUACAGGGAUGAAGCUGGAGUAAUUGAUGAAAAAGCCCCUCACCAAGCAUCAUCAUCGGCGCACCCCCAUCUACAAAACGAGGCGCCGGGGUGAGUGGUCAGGUCCGACGCACGUCAUGGCCGGGUUGUGCGGCGUGUGACUCGCGCCUUUUUGGGUUGUAAGAAAACCCUAGGUUUGGGGCUCGGGUAAGCCAGCCCUUACACGAGUGAAGGAUAUUUUGGCACUAAAAGCAUUGACGUUAUCGAAAUUCAAUUGUGACUUAUUGUUGAGACGAUGGCCGGUAGUUUCAAUCAGACCAAGAGUCAAGUCAGUUACUUGAGUUUGAAGAUACGAUAUCGGCCGUUGGGGGGAGGUUUGGGGGGUACCCAACCACCCAUGGCUGAUCGGCCCGGGAACAGCAACUCAUGUUGACAGGACGCUGCUUGCGUGUGUGUGCGCGCACAAAAAAAAUGCAUCACGUCACAAGGCUGGGGAGGG